UCGUCCGUCUCUCCCUCCGAAGUCUCACACUUCUCCCGCCUAGCCUCAACAUGGUGGGAUCCUCACGGCCCCUCGAGGCUCUUACACCUCAUGAACCCCCUCCGCCAUGACUUCAUUCAAACGUGCCUCAGCUCAUCGUCCUCAACCACGCAAUCAUACUCCUUUCUCGACAUAGGCUGCGGUGGUGGCAUCUUCGCCUCCUCCGCGGCCCGGCUCCCCAGCACGUCGACCGUCACAGCAAUCGACCCUACCGAACAAGUCAUCGAAGUCGCAAAGUCGAACCAACGCACCGACCCUGCCCUCUCCGCCCCGAAAUUGCGCUACCUGAAUUGCGCAAUUGAAGAUCUCCCCAUCCCAGCCAGCGAUGACCAAAAAGUCGAUAUCAUCACUGUCUUCGAAGUCCUCGAGCACAUCGACUCGCCAUCCUCCUUUAUAGACCUCGCAAUCCCCCACCUCAAGCCCGGCGGCUGGAUCAUUGGGUCUACAAUCGCCCGCUCGCCGAUCUCGUAUCUGACGACUAAACUCAUCGCCGAGGCCCCCAUAAUCGGUGUUGUGCCCGCCGGCACGCACGAUUGGAACAAGUACAUCAACCCGUCUGAGUUGAGGAGUUACUUUGAGACCCGUGCACCGGGCACGUGGAGUGACUUCAAGACCCAGGGCGUGAUCUACGUUCCUGCAUUGGGCUGGAAAGCCGUGAACAACAGUGAGGACUUGGGCAACUACUUCUUCGGCAUCCAGAAA